UGCAAAAUACAAACGCUUCGCCGUCCUCUCCGGCCGCCGUGGACACGGCGCCGUUCCUCCUCCGAAGCCGCCGCUUCCUCCGGCGCACACCACCUCCACUUCGUACGGCGGCUCGUCUCUUCCGUCAGGCCUCAGGGCGGAGAAUGAUGCUCCGGGAAUCAUCGGUUCGGGUCCGGGAGGCGGCGGCGGCGGAGCUUGAGGGGCGGCAGAGCGACUGGGCCUACUCGAAACCGGUGGUGGUGGUGGACGUGCUUUGGAACCUGGCGGUUGCUCUUGUUGGCGCGGCGGUGCUGUGCGUCAGCACGAAAGAGGAGCCAUGUGUUCCCUUGAGGGUGUGGAUCGUAGGGUACUUGUUGCAAGGUUUGAUUCAUUCGCUGUGUGUUGUUGUGGAGUUCAAUAAAAGAAGGAGAGUGCGGAGGAGCCAAGACGGUUCUACUUCUUCUAGUGGUGGUGCUGAUAGGGAAUGGAGUUUCAGCUCUGAGAGCGAUGAUUUGGAUUAUGAUAAUGUUGAGCGCUUUCUGCACACUGAUGAUAACAG